GUAAAGGAUACGGUCAUUCAAAGCCUUCAGUCCAUAGUGCGCCCGACACUGCGCGUGCAAUUAUAGUCGGGUUAUUGCGUGCCAGUCGCUAAAUUUCGACCAUGGCAGAAGCAUCUGCACCGCCGAUAGCGGUAUCUGCACUCAGGCGGGAGCUGGACUUUGUCAAGUCCCUGCUCAAGUCGGGUCGCAGCAUCGAGGAAAUGGUUGCGGCCGCGAAUGCUGCCGCACGCGUGGCAAGCCGCGCGUCCUUUGAGGCGAAGACGGCGACACAGAAAGGGGGCACGGAACUGACCAUCCGGGGUCUGCCCACGGGCCCGGACUGGGACUGGCGCGGCCUCAAGCGCUGGCUGCAGAGCCGCGGCCUGGGCCAGCGCGCCAUCAAGUACAGCGACAAGGACCCCGAGUCGUCGGUGGCGGUGGUGCGCUUCAACACCGAGAGCGAGUGCAAGGCCGCUGCCGACAUGCUGGUGACCGCGGAGCCGCCGGUUCGCGGCAGCUCCAUCACUGUGGAGUCCGGCAUUGCGGCCGAGUACGCCAGCAAGUCCAAGAAGCGGCAGCGGGACGACGACGAGGAGGGCGCCGGCCGCGGCGCCAAGGCAGCGCGCAUACCCGACGUGUGUGAGGCGGUGUGUCCCUGGCACAAGGUGCCGUACGGGCAGCAGCUGACGGACAAGCACGCGCGCAUCGUGCUGGCGCUGGCGGGCGUCACGGACGCGGUCAACCACCGCACCCGGCCCGCCAACCGGCCCGAGUGGCUGCGCGCUGUGCUGGCCCGCGGCCAGACCGCCCUGUCCACUCUGUCCGGCGGCGACGGCGGCGGGCGCGGCGGCCGGGGGGGCCGCGGCGGCCGGGGAGGCCGGGGCGGCGCCGGCCGCCACGGCGGCGCGGGUGGGCGCGACGGCGGACGCAGCGACACGCCCGCGGAUACGGCGGCCGCGGCGGCCGCCGCCGCGCCGGCGGUGUGCUGCCCGCUGCUGGGCAUCCUGCGGUCUCCGCUGCUGGAGCGGUACCGCAACAAGAGCGAGUUCACUACGGGGCUGGACGAGCACGAGAAGCCCAUGGUGGGCUUCCUGCGCGGUGCCUUCCAGGAUGGCAUCACGUGUGUGGCCUCUCCAGAGCCCACCCGCCACACCAGCCUGGCGGCUGUGACGCUGGCGGCCGCCGCCACCACCUACAUCCGGGAGCAGUCGGCGUUCGCGGUGUACGACAAACGCAACAAGGAGGGAUACUGGCGCCUGCUGCUGGUGCGCGAGGGCAGCCGUAAGACCUUCCUGCCGGUGCCGCUCGCCGCCUCCGCGGCCGCCGCCGGCGCGGCGCCCACCUCCCUGGACUCUCCCGCCUUUGCCGCGCUCGACCCCUUCACCUACCUGGUCACUUUUGACACGCCCGCCGCCGUGCCGGCGCCGCCGGCGCCGGCGGGCGCCGCCGCGGCUCCCGAGUACGACGAGGGAGACCUCAAGUCUGACGUGGACAUGAAGGAGGCGGCUGGCGCGGCGGCGGCGGCGGCGUCUUGUGGUGUGGAGGCGGGCAAGGGCCUGCCGGUGGUGGAGGUGUGCGAGGCCGAGCUGCGGCAGCCGGCGCCGGAUGAGGUGCUGGUGAUGGUGCAGGUCAACCCCAACUACACGCACGCUCUGGCCGAUGCCGACGCCGCCGCGCGCGAGCUGCGCCAGCUCACCGCCGCCCUGCGCGCCGCCGCCACCGCCGCCGGCCUGCCGCUCACCACGGUGCGCGUGCAGCUGCACACUGGGGUGUCCAACGCGGCGCCCUUUGACGCGCCCCUGGUCGAGGUGCCCGGCGAGGCGGCGCCCGGCGAGGCGGCGGGCACGGCGGAGGCAGUGGCGGCGGCGGCCGGCCCCGGCUUCAUUCACGACGCGCUGUGCGAGCUCAAGUUCCGGAUCUCGCCCACCGCCUUCUUCCAGGUCAACUCCCCGGCCACGUGUGUGCUGUACAAGCUGGUGGGCGACUGGGCGGCGGCGCGGCCCAAGACGCUGCUGCUGGACAUCUGCUGCGGCACCGGCACCAUCGGGCUCAUGCUCGCCAGCAAGGUUGCCAAGGUGGUGGGCGUGGACAACGUGGAGAGCGCGGUGGAGGACGCGCGGGUCAACGCCGCACUCAACGGCAUCGGCAAUGCCGAGUUCGUGGCGGGCAAGGCUGAGGACGCGCUGCAGAGCAUCCUGGACCUGCACGCCGCCAACGACGCCUACGAGGACGUGGUGGCGGUGUGCGACCCGCCGCGCGCCGGCCUGCACAAGUCGGUGCUGCGCGCGCUGCUGGACUGCGCCAAGAUCCGGCGGCUGGUGUUUGUGAGCUGUAACCCCGACAACCUCAUCAGCAACGUGGCGCUGCUGUGCGUGCCGCCGCAGGACGUGGACGGCGGCCGCGGGCGGCGCGGCGGCGACACGGCGGGCAGCAGCGGCGCCUCGUACCGCAGCCAGUACGGCGCGGGUGGCGGCGGCGCCAAGCCCGACUACUUCGCCAACGGCAGCUGGGUGCCGUUCCGGCCCGUCAAGGCCACGGCGCUGGACCUGUUCCCGCACACGGCGCACGUGGAGACCGUGAUGCUGCUGGAGCGGUAGAGGAGCUGUGGGGGCUGUGGGGAUGAUGAGGAGCAGAGCCAAGGUGAUGGGGGUUAUGAGGAGCAGAGCCGAGGUUCGCGGCGCUGCACCGCGCUGCAAGCCGCUGGGAUGUGAUGGAGUACAUUUUCACCGUACAGGGCUGCGGGGUCUGUGGGGGUUGUGGAGCGGCUGGGAGUGCGCAGGAUGUGGAGCUCAGCUGUGCGCGCGCGUGGUGGGCGGUCAGGGGCGGUCAGACAGAAGGAUCACAGCUAGGGCUGGAUGAGCCGAUGAGGGAGUGGACUGGCGCUUGGACUGGCGUGGCGGGCGUGGCGAUGCUACCCGUACUAUGGGUUUAUGGCUGUGCUGGGUUACUGGGUAUGCCCUUGUGGCUUCAGCAAGACUGCAUCGCUGGUAACGAGCUCAAAAG